UGCCCUGAGCUUCGCGGCGCUUCUCACAUCGGGUUCGCGCCUUGCCGAAUGGAAAAUGCGUCGCAGGCUGCCUCACUCCGUCUUUGCGUCAUCGGGCAUCUGCGGGGACGUUCACGUACCCCGCAAGCUAACGGUCGCGCUAUUAUAUUAAUCGGCCGUCCUUUUCACCUGCCGGUCCUCGCGAGCGGCUCGGAACUCGUGAUAGGUGGAAUCCUUUUGGCGGAAGAAGAAUGCCCCGAUGCAGGGGAACAGCAUUGAGGCCGGGGAAGAUGUAAAGAGAUGGGGAAAUACACCGAGGGGGUUUAACGACCCAUCGGCCAUAAAAACGUAACCGCUGCCAUCUAUCGAUGAAGGAAGAGGGCAAUCUCAGGCACGUGACUCCGGAAAACAUGAUGUCUACGAAAUCCCUGCUUCUGCUUGUGUUCCUGACUCCCUCGGCCUUCGCCGGCAAUGUCAAGUCCCCAACUCCACCUAUGGGAUGGAAUACCUACAAUGCAUACGGCUGCAACCCGGACGAACAGAAGGUGAAGAUAAAUGCGCAGGGACUGGUCAACCUUGGGCUCAAAGAGCUUGGCUACAGCAUCGUGACGCCGGACUGCGGAUGGAUGACACCAAAUCGAGACAGCCAACAGAGGCUGCAGUGGAACACGGCCCUUUUUCCGUCGGGUGGGAAAGCACUUGGAGACUAUCUGCACGGAAUAGGGCUCAAAUUCGGAUUGUAUUCGGGUGCCGGAUACUACCAGUGUGGUUCUACGAACUUACCGGGGUCUCUUGGAUACGAAGACAUAGAUGCGAACACGUUCGCUGGAUGGGGUGGUGAUACCUUGAAAUACGAUAAUUGCUACUCAACCUCCCGAACCACGAUGGUAGAUUCCGACUCCGUAGAGGCGAAGUCACCCGUUCGGUUCCAGAAAAUGGCCGCGAGCCUGAACAACGUGAACCGUGACUUUCAAUACUUUAUUUGCCAGUGGGGAAUAGGAGAGAAUGUCGGGGACUGGGCCUCGAAUAUUGGGAACACGUGGAGGAUGAGCAAUGAUAUCUACAACGCGUGGCGCAGUAUCUGGCGCAUCACAAACCAAGUAGUACCAUACCACAGGCAGACCAGACCGGGCGCCUUCCCAGAUAUGGACAUGCUGCUGGUCGGGCUCAGCGCCCUUUCUGCAGAAGAGGAGCGCUUCCAUUUCGGCAUGUGGGCCAUCAACAAAUCACCGCUCAUCAUCGGCGGCAUUCUAGACAGUUUGCUCUCUAAGACCUCUCUAGCCACGCUGUCAAACAAAGAGGUCAUCGCAAUCAAUCAAGACUCCCUAGCCAAGCAAGCGCAGCUUGUUCGCCGAUACACGGAAGACGAAUGGGAUAUCUGGCUUGGCGAGCUGUCGGGUUCACGGAAGGUUCUGGGUGUCGCAAAUUGGAACAAUCAGUCCAGAAGCCACGAGAUCGACUUGAGCAGUCUCAAUAUCACAUCGGCGAGUGCAAGAGAUGUAUGGGCGGCCAAAGAUCUCGGUGUGCUUACGGGCGUUCAGAGUAUUAGUCUGGCGGGGCAUGAACUGAAGCUAUGGGUCCUCUCUAAUAUCACGGGCGCGACCACACUUUCCUCUGCCGGAUAUUAUUCCGCCGCCAACGGUACCCUCGGGGGCACAGCCAGCAUUGUCAACUGCACCUCGGGAGAUUGCGUACCCACGCAGAAGAAGGUCGGCAAUAUCGGGCAAGGUGCCAGCGUCGCAGUGCACUCUGUCGCUUCGAAAACCUCUGGAAAGAAGCUCCUUGGGGUAGACUUCAUCAACUACGACUAUGCCUUCGCGACGGCAUGGGAUUGGGGGUCCAAUACGCGAAAUAUGACAAUUGCGGUGAAUGGUGGCACGACCAAGCGAUGGGCGUUUCCGAUCUCUGGUGGCGAUUGGUUCGAGACGGGGAGGCUGAUGGUGGAAGUGGAUGGGUUCAAGGCAGGGUCGUCCAAUGAGGUUAUGUUUCGCGCUGUGGGCGAUACUUGGGCGCCAGACUUGGUGGGAAUUGAGAUUUUCGAGUAAACCCGAGUGGGGCCUGCACUUAUUUGCGGCUGGUUGAGGUAGGCCCAUACCUAGACUUGGACCCGCCAUGGCCCGAUGACGACCCUAUUCAGAGAGAGCCUGACGGCUGACUGCGCCUAGCAGAACUUAGCCGCAAUAUCAACGCUCCUAAUUUAGAGGACGAUCAAGCCGUCCGAAUCGGUAUUAGCCGCAGCCAGUCUCGUUAAGCUAUUUGUUGCGAGACCA